AUGAAGUUUUCUCUGCGGUCUCUUGUGACGCUGAUUGGGGCCGCCAUGGCCGACCUAGACCCUAUUGUUAUCAAGGGUUCUGAAUUCUUCUACUCCAGCAACAACACUCAAUUUUACCGUCGCGGUGUUGCUUAUCAGCGUAUGUCGAAUGCAUCCGCCCUGAUUAAAACGAUGAUCCAUUUGAAACUAACAUUUACACACAGGACACCAGCGACAGUACCAGAUCCGUUGGCGAAUGCUGCUGCUUGCAAACAUAAUAUUCCCAUCUUGCAGGAAUUGCGCACCAACGUGAUUCGUACCUACUCCAUCAACGCCAGUGCCGACCACUCCGAGUGUAUGAAGCUCCUGUCAGAAGCCGGCAUCUAUCUGAUUUCCGACCUGUCCUCUCCCAUUCACCUCUGCUCUCACUACACCAGUGUGAUCGAUGAGCUAUCCCAGUACAGCAACACCAUCGAUUUCUUUGCCGGUAACGAGGUUGCCAACACCGUUGCCACGACUGAUGGCAGUGCCUACGUGAAGGCUGCCGUGCAUGACAUGAAGAAGUACAUUCAAGAAAAGGGCUACCGCUCUAUGGGCGUUGGAUACGCCACCGCGGACGUCUCGACCAUUCGUGAGGACCUCGCCAACUUCUUCGACUGCUCAUCAGACUCGCAGUCCAUGGACCUCUGGGGUUAUAGCAUCUACUCCUGGUGCAGUGACUCCUCCUACUCGGCUUCUGGAUACCAGGACCGCACAGAGGAGUUCCGUAACUACACCGUCUUGUUUCCGUUGUUGACUACUAGCGUCAGCAAGAUGAAGGAUUUCACUUCCUACUCCAACGAGAUUGCGACCGCCUCGCCGACUGGCACCCACAAAGCUUCCUAUACACCGACCAACGCAGUUCUGCAGAGCUGCCCCACUGUGGGUACCGACUGGAAGGCGAGGCCUCCCCUUUGCCUCCUACUCCGGAAUCAAGCCUGUGUGACUGCGUCUACGAUGUCUCCCGGCUGUGUUGUGAGCGACGACAUCCUGGCCUCCAAAUAA